AUGUCCAGCGCACCGGAUCAGGAUGGCGAGGGUAUUCAUAGCUCGCCCGUGACGCCUGGCGCGACGCCCACAACCUCCGCAUUCGCACACCGUCUCCCCCUGCACCGCAGCGUCAGUCGCUCGUCGCAGUGGUCCGCAACAGACACCCCGCGACACCACCACCAGGGCACUUCCUACUUCCCGGAAGCCCCCCGACCCGUCUCGCCGACUCCCAAACGAACCAAACCGGCCAUGCGCAACGCGUCGGUCACCUCGAGAAGACGGCCCGUCCGGAGCACGAGCCUCACCAGCUCGCACGCUACUGCGAGGGCCAUGGGUGAGGAUCCAGGCAUGCUGAGCGAGGAGGACGAGGACGAGGACACCGGCAGUGCGGGCAUCGCCGAGGCGGGCGGCGUAGAGGCAGACGACGACGCGGACGACGACGACGACCGAGAAGUCGACCCGAUAACCCUGAGGGACCGGCAGUCGCUCAUCAACGUCGAGCACCCCUUCGGUCUGCCCAUCUGGAAACCCGCACUGUACAAGAAGUCGCGGUCGGUGACGCGGUACGCCGACCAGGCGCUGCACUCAGUUCCCUCGGCCCAGGCGGAGCGGCACUUGCUCCCGGGCAACAUCCUCUGGACACUGUGCUUUGGUUGGUGGCUUGCCGUAUCCUGCUUCGUCGCAUCCAGCUUGCUUUCCUUUGUCCCGAGGGGCGGCAAGCAGUAUGCUACUCUCAUGUUCGGCCUUGGAUGGUACAUCGCCUGGCCAUUCGGCAAGUACGUCGAGGGUGACCUCUCCUCGCUACUACCUGGUGAAGAGGGCUUCCCUCCUCAAACCAUCGUGGAGCAUCCUGAUGAGGAAGAGGACGAGCAGCUGGAGAGCGCGAGCGAUGUCGAAUCUACUCCGACCGAGCAUUCCUCUGAGGCCAGUCAUGACACCAUCACCCCCGGCGACGUCGCGCCCACGUCGGCCAACUCUACGGCGCAGCAUCCGCAGGUCGCUUCCUGGAACGACAUACAGAGUACUCAGCCUAACAGCGCGACAGCGCUCCUGGGUCACCGGAACGCGCCGCGCUUGAAGCCGUCCAAGUCAUACGGUGCGACGAAUUCCACGCUCAAGUCGCCACCGAUAGCGUACUCAAUCGGUGUAUCGGAGGACAAGCAUGGCGACCGGCUCGGGAAGGCACUGUUUCGAGCGAUAUUCAUUUGCGUCAUCGCGCCGCUCAUGCUAUUGGUAUCUGUCAUCUGCUGGGGCAGCAUAUUCGCGAUCCCAAUGGCACGGCUGAACUGGCAGCUGGUGAAAUACCUUGUCGAGCAGCCGAUGCACAUCCGCUUCUGCGCAGCGCCUGUCGUAGCAGUGGCCGAGCAGCCAGAGGGUGACGGCAACGCUGCUUCCGCUGAGGCCGCCGUAUCGUUCAAGCCAGCCAGGCUCGCCGCGGGCCAGAUCGCACCGUCCGGCUCGCCCACGUCGACCGUGUUGCUCUGCACAUACAAGGCGUUCGGGUGGAAGUACUACAAGUACACCGUCGGCGGUGUCAACAUCAUCUUCGUGAACCUCAUGCCCAUCGUGUUCUUCGUCAUCUUCGAUGGCUUCGUCCUGCUGAAGAUCGCGGAUCGCCGCGAGAACGCGGGCGAGCACGUCCCUGCGGUGCUCGCGUUCCUCACAUCGCGCGCACUCAUCUUCUUGCUCAGCAUGGCGAGCGUCAUCCCGCUCUCGUACUUCAUCGGCAUGGCCGUCGCGUCCAUCUCAGCGCAGUCGUCCAUCGGCAUGGGUGCGGUCAUCAACGCGACGUUCGGUUCGAUCAUCGAGAUCCUCUUGUAUUGUAUCGCGCUCACGCAGGGCAAGGGCCAUCUCGUUGAGGGAUCGAUCAUCGGGAGUAUACUGGCGGGUGUGCUGCUGAUGCCGGGGUCGAGUAUGUGCGCAGCCGCGGUGCGGACGAAGGAGCAGAAGUUCAACGCGAAGAGCGCGGGGGUGACAAGCAUGCUGCUGAUCAUGGCUAUCAUCGGUACCCUCGCGCCGACGCUCUUCUACCAGACGUAUGGGAAUUUCCAACUUGUCUGCGAGGGCUGCCCGCCGGAAGGCUCGAAAGGACCGUGGUCUUGCCAGCACUGUUACUACAAGUAUCCGGACCCUGUCGACGAUCCCUUCUACCAGUCGACGGUGAAGACGUUGAUGUACUUCUGUGCCGGUAUCCUGCUUCUGUCAUACCUCAUCGGUCUCUGGUUCUCUCUUCGGACGCAUGCAAGUCAGAUCUGGCAGAAUCCCCAACAACUUCUGCAGUCUGCGGACCUGCAAGGCGGCCAACAUCGCUUGUCCCUCUACCACCGACUCGUCCCAGGGUCCCUCGGCAGUGCGACUCGUCCGUCUCACAGCUUGUCCCACAAGUCCAGCACGAUUAACAUCACUGUGGACGGUGUAGAUUCGCGAUCUCAGACCCCGACAGCAUCCAUGUUCAACGUCCCUGCUCACGGCCACGCUGGCUCCUCGUCCUCCGCCAGCACGAACGCCCCGCCUCCAGCAUCAGGUCGCAGGGUGUCGUAUGCUCCCGGCCAAGUACCACCGAGUCAGAGCCUGGCUCCGCUGAUGGAGAGCGUCGAUAGCGCCAUGAAGGACACCGGCCUGCACCCCAGUGCGCUCCCGGAGAACAUGACUACGGACGACUUCACAAGGGCCGUCGCUGUCGCUACUGUGAGCGCGCUGAGGCACCAGCAUGAGUAUGCGCGGUCUCCCGCGAGGGCGCGCAUGUCGGCGGCGGAGGCAGAGGCAGCGGCCGGGCAUGGUGGACACGAUGCGCCGUCUUGGAGCAGGACGACCAGUGCGAGCGUGCUGCUCGCGUGCACGGCUCUGUAUGCUAUCAUCGCAGAAUUGCUUGUCGAUGUCGUCGACGUCGUCCUUGAGGGCUCUGGCAUUGACGAGAAGUUCCUCGGUGUGACGCUUUUCGCGUUGGUGCCCAACACCACCGAGUUCAUGAACGCCAUCUCGUUCGCUCUGAAUCGCAACAUCUCGUUGAGCAUGGAGAUUGGUUCUGCCUAUGCCUUGCAGGUCUGUCUGCUACAGAUACCCGCCAUGGUCGCAUUCUCUGCCUGGUAUGCCCCGGAGAAAAUGGGAGCUGUUUCCGACACUUUCUCGUUGAUCUUCCCCCGCUGGGAUGUUAUCGUGAUCAUCUUGUCGGUCUUCCUCCUGACUUAUACCUAUAUUGAAGCCAAGAGCAACUACCACCGUGGAAGUAUCCUUAUUCUCAGUUACCUUGUAUUGGUCUGUGGAUUUUUCUUCGCUCCUCAUGACGCAGAAGACGAUGUCGAGCCCUUUUCAUCCGUUCCGCUAUCCUUCUUUGCCUCGUUCUUCCAUUCUCGAUAG